UGCAACAAGCUGGAGUUUAUAUUUCCUUUCUCUCUUUUUGGUGGUCUUCAAAAAUUAAAAUAUUUGGAAAUCUGGAAAGCUACUGAGUUGAAAUACAUUUUUGGGAAAUGUUAUGAUGAAGAUCAUUUAUCAAAUGAGAAUGAAAGUGAUGAGCAUCAUAUUUUUCUCCCUGCUUUGGAAGAAAUGAUACUUAAAGAUGUACCAAAGAUGAUCAACAAUAUUUGGGCAAAGAAAUGUCAUCUGGGAUUGCCUUCUCUACAGAGUAUUAAUUUGGAUGGUCAAGAGUUCAAUGGAAGAUCUUUUCUCAAUUUGAUGGCUUACUUACAAGGAAUACGAUUGAAUGUGAAAGCUCCAGAGGACGUGAUGAAAAUUAUAAAGGAUAUGCAGAAGUUGACAUAUCUUAAAGUGAGCAACUCCAACAUAGAAGAUGUUCUUAAUUUGGAAGCAGAAAUUGAAGGUCCAGUGACAUUAAGCUUAGAAAGAAUGAUUUUGAAAAAUCUAAGCGAGUUGAGGCAUAUAUGGAAGGGUCCCAAAUAUAUUUUGAGCCUCCACAAUCUUUCCGAACUAAUAAUCGAAGAGUGUAAGAAGCUAAGGGCCAUCUUCUCUGUCUCAAUAUUGAAAAGCCUCCCACAAUUGUCCUCUGUAACGAUAGAAGGCCGUGAUGAAUUAGUUGACAUUAUUGAAGAGAGUGCUGAGAAUCAUUUGCAUCAACCUUGCUUCCGAAAGUUAGAACGAAUUGUGAUCAAGCGUUGUAAUAGAUUGAAAUACCUUUUCUCCUUGUCAACACCUUCCAUGUUUCCAAAGCUGUGGAAAUUGGAAAUAGAAGAAGCCUCAAAGUUGGAGCAAGUAUUUAUGCGCAAACAGAAUGAUACAGAGAACAUGGUGCUGAAGGAUGUGUUCCCAGAUCUUUGGAUAAUAAGACUCAAGAGUUUGCCAAUGCUCGCUGCUAUUUGUAGUGGGAUCAGUUUCCAAACUGCGCCAUAUCUUGAAGUAGUUGAUUGUCCCAAAUAUCAAGAAAUUACAGCUCAGCUGCAAGAAGGACAUUCAAAUUUGGAAUCGAAAAAUCAAGCAAAAACAGAGGAGCAACUCUAUGUGAAUUCUGAAAAUGCUCAGGUUGUGCCAUAUAUGGGAGAAACAAGUGGUUCAUCAUCAAAUUUAGCAAAGAUUAAGGAAGAAACAUUAAUGGAAGUUCAAGCUAAAGAUCCUACUCUUUCUUUGGAGAAACAUGCAACAGAAACUUUAGCGGCUGAAUCACAAUUGAGAAGGACAUCUGUACAUGAGUUUGACGAUGAACGUGAAAUAAGCAAUUCAACUAUGCAGCUCCAACAUAAGGAUCUUGCAGAAAUAAAGUCCACCAUUAAAGCUUCUCAUAAAACCAGUAUACCAUUUGAUGAUUAUAGUAUGGAUCACGUAAUAAAAGAAAGAGUUCAAGAAGGUCCUACCCCAGAGGAUGUAGUGGUAGCAAUUAUGAUAGCUGAGUUAGCAGCAAGAAAGUCAUCUUCAGAAUUAAUCACUCCUCUCCAAGAAGAGUUGUCAUCUUCAGCUAAACAUAAUGUGGCUGAAAGCUUUCGACAAGACACUUCAAUUAAGAAAACUAGAAUGGUUGCUACCUCAGUUCCUGAUGAAGAAACAAAGAAGGAUAUUAGCAGAGUAAUUGAUCCUGCUCCUGCUUCAAAGUUAUUGGCAACAACUUCAUCUUCUUUUCAGGUUGCUAAUAUGAAAGAAGCACAUGAACAAGACUUCGAAGAUAAUGUUGAAACAGAGGAAGCUAUGAUGGCAAUUCAAUCCACUGAUCUAGAGUCAGUGAAGAAAUUUAUAGGAUCAUCCAUGACUGCACAAAGCUCAGAAACAGGGAAAGAAGCUGUUGGAGUGGUCCUUACUUCAGGGUUAUCAGUGGCUACAACUUCAUCAAAUUUAGAGAGAAGAAUUGAAAGUAUUCCAGAAGAGACCACACCUAUUAAAGAUAAAAUAGAUGCCUUCUCAAUUAGUUCACAAGCAGAAGGAUCUCCAUCAAGUCUACCUGCAAUUAGUGCUAAAGAAACAGCAACAGGAAUUGAUACAACAAUUGCUGCUACGGAGACAUCACCAACGGCAACUCCAAUUGAGUCAGAAUUCAUCAAAACACAUCAGACUAUUAAAGAAGUGAGAGGUUCAAUUGUUCAAGUGGAAUCUGAAUCAGAGAAGCUUGAAAAGACAAACCCUCCUGAAGUUAUUCCUUCUGUCGAUCAACAAUCACAAGUUGCUAAUGCUGGCACUUCUCCUAAAUUGGGGGUUUGUGAGAUUUUCCAACUCGUGGAGCUGAAACAUAGUGAAACAGCUUUACUUGCACAAGCACUUGAACAAUACCCUCAACUAUUGUUACCUCAUGAACAUCGCUCACACCGUAUGAUGCUUGGUCCUACCGAGUUUUGGUUGAUAUUUUGGUUGUGCUAAAUACCAAGACUCCUUGUACCAUCACAAGUUCAGAGAAGUCAACCUUCGAGGCUAACUCAUGUGAUGCAACCUUGCUUGGGUUUCACAAGGACUGGGUUGAUUCAGUGCGGGCUAGAGUUCUUAAUGUUGACUUGUCUGAUGUCUUGGCGGCUGAAGAGGAGAUUCAAGUCAUGGAGGCCGAGCUUGAGACAUGUGACAUUGCCUUAGAGCAAGUUCGAAAGCAAAGACUAGAAGCCAAACAGAGGCUUGCAGUGGUAAGAAGACAGUUGGAGAUUGCACAAACUGAGAUUGAAGCCAUUGAUUCUCAAUUGUCAAGUCUCCUCGAAAAUCACAAGAAAUUGCUGACGAGGAUAGCUGAGUUUAGAGAAAUAAUAAGUGCCAAGGAUACACCCUUUGGCAUUUAAGUGUGUGUUUGGUUAAGUUCUUUUGUUAUUUCAUUUACGUUUCUAAAAAGACUAAAAAACAGUGAACCAUAAUGCAUAUGACAUGGACCAACAUUUCUCUAUGUUCAAUUAAAUAAGAGGACGGAGCUUGAACUCUGAUGCAUGGAUUGAAA